ACCUUUGAUCUCUCUCCCUCUUGCUUUGUUCACUUCUCUCUUUGCCUACUCCACCUGUUCACUUCCCUUGAAUCUUGAACAUCCCUCUCUGUUCUUUCUUCUUAAAAAUCUUUUUUUUUGCUAUUCCUCUUCUCUUUUCCCUCGAAACUAUCCUGCGUCAUCCGCAAUGCCUCCUAAAAAAGGCGCUGCUAAGGCCGCCGCGCGCACAACCGCUACAACAAAAAAGUCUGCUGCUAAGGCUUCGACUGCCGCUAAGAAUACUACGACGACCAAACCUGCCACUAGAGGACGUCCCAGAGCUGCGGCUACGGCUGCUGCUACCAAGAAACAGACCGCGGCGAAACCUGCUGCGAAACCCGCUGCGAAGCCCGCUGCGUCGCGAAAACGGGCCAGAGCUGAAGACACAACCGAAAAAGAUGCAAAAGACGCGCCAGUCAAACCUGUGAAGAAGCGCAGAGCGGAAGCGGAGGAAGACGAAGAAGAGACUGCUCGUCAACCUAAGCGCGCUCGUGUCGCUAAGCCUAGCGCUGCAAAGCCUAAGCCCAAGGCCAAGCCGAAGGUAGUGAUCAACCAAGCUCCAACGGCCCGACUGAAUGUGUACGUGUGUGGUGAGGGAAGCUCCGGCGAACUCGGUCUGGGACCUGCGAAAAAUGCCAUUGACGUGAAGCGGCCCCGUCUGAACCCCCACCUGCCAUCGGACACUGUCGGUGUCGUGCAGGUCGCGGUUGGUGGCAUGCAUUGCGUUGCUCUGACGCAUGACAACAAGAUCCUCACAUGGGGUGUCAAUGACCAAGGCGCCCUUGGAAGGGACACAAACUGGGAUGGUGGGUACAAGGAUAUGGAUAACAAGGACAACUCGGACUCGGAUUCGGAGGAUGACGAGGAACCUGAUCUCAAUCCUUAUGAGUCCACACCCACUGCGAUUCCGGCCAGUGUUUUCCCCGACGGUACUGUCUUCGUGGAAGUCGCGGCUGGGGAUAGCUCAAGCUUUGCCCUCACUGACGACGGGUUUGUGUAUGGAUGGGGAACAUUCAGAAGCAACGAUGGUAUUCUGGGCUUUGAUGCCAGUACUACAGUCCAAUUGACUCCCACCCUGCUCCCCGCACUGAAGAAGAUCAAGCAUGUGGUGUGUGGAGACAACCACGUCCUGGCUCUCAAUGAGAAGGGUGCCGUGUUCUCCUGGGGCUCCGGCCAGCAGAACCAACUGGGCCGUCGGAUUAUCGAGCGCAACAAGCUGAACGGCCUCCUGCCUCGCGAAUUCGGCCUCCCCAAGAACAUUGUCCACAUCGGCUGCGGGGCUUUCCACUCCUUUGCAGUGCACCAGUCUGGAAAGGUCUACGCUUGGGGUCUGAACAGCUACGGUGAAACCGGUAUUCGUGAACAUGCAGGUGACAGUGAGGCGGCGAUCGUUCACCCAACCCUUGUGGACUCUUUGUCCGGAAAGAACGUCACUCAGAUUUGCGGUGGUGCCCAUCAUUCCCUCGCGGUUGCGGCCGAUGGCGAGUGCCUUGUCUGGGGUCGCCUCGACGGAUACCAGACAGGUCUGAAGAUCGACUCUCUUCCCGAUGACGUUGUCAUCAAGGAUGAGCGUGGCCGGCCCCGAAUUCUCAUCAAGCCCAUGGCCGUUCCGGGAAUCAAAGCCCAGGCCGUUGCGGCCGGAUCUGACCACUCGAUUGCCAUCGAUGCAGAGGGCCGUCCCUGGUCUUGGGGGUUCUCUGCCACCUACCAAACUGGCCAAGGCACUCAGGACGACAUCGAGGUCGCCACCAUUGUCGAGAACACUGCCGUUCGCGGUAAGAAGCUCAACUGGGCUGGUGGUGGUGGCCAGUUCUCUGUCUUUACGGAGCCUGUGACCUUGUGAAUAAACUGCUCACCAAAAUGACAAGGCAUACAUAAUCAUCUUACAAAGUUUUCUGGAGACGGGGGAAGGGGAUGUGUGUAUCAAAACGAGAUGGUCAUAUUUCAGUCAUUCCUUCGUGUCGUAAUUUUCUCCCCGGGGGAUUUUAGACCUGAAAGGUACCUUUUUUUUUUUUUUUUUUUUUUUUCUUU